CAUACUAUCUGUCCAUCAAUCAUUUCAAAACCCACACACACAUACACACAUAGUAUGAACUCCCCAUGGACUUCCAGUUUCAUCCUCAUACUUUCUAUAUCCAUUUUCCGGUGGGGUGUGGCUGUUUCCGAUCAGCAGAAGCCAACUGGUCGAGCAUUUGCCAAGCAAGAAGCUGACCGAGUGUUCCGUCUUCCAGGGCAGCCUCCGGUCAGCUUCAAGCAGUAUGCUGGAUAUGUUACAGUCAAUGAAAGCCAUGGAAGAGCACUGUUUUAUUGGUUCUUUGAAGCUGAAGAAAGCCCUGAGAAGAAGCCUCUCCUUUUAUGGCUUAAUGGAGGUCCAGGUUGUUCUUCAAUUGGAUUUGGGGGUUUGGAGGAGUUAGGCCCAUUUGUAGUUAAAAAGAGCAAAUCAGGGCUCCUUUUGAACGAUUACGCAUGGAAUAAAGCUGCCAACUUGUUAUUUCUGGAGUCCCCUGUUGGUGUUGGAUUCUCGUACACCAAUACUAGCAAUGAUAUUAAGGAACUUGGCGACAAAAUCACAGCCCAGGAUUCGUACACAUUUCUGAUCAAAUGGUUUAGAAGGUUUCCACAGUACAAAUCCCAUGACUUCUACAUAGCUGGUGAAAGUUAUGCAGGGCACUACGUUCCACAACUAGCUGAGCUUAUUUUUGAUACAAACAAGAUUAUUGCCGACCAUGAUCGCAUAAAUUUCAUAGGAUUUAUGAUUGGGAAUGCGUUGUUGGAUGAUGGAACUGAUCAAACGGGUAUGAUUAGUUAUGCAUGGGAUCAUGCUGUUAUAUCGGAUCGUGUAUAUAAUGAUAUCAAGACUAAUUGCAACUUUAGCAGCCCUAAUUCAACUGAAAGUUGUGAUACAUCGUUGGAUGAAUACUUUGAAGUUUAUAAGCUUAUCGAUAUGUAUAGCUUGUAUGCACCUACGUGUGUUGAUACCACCCCCAAUUCCACUCAACGCGUGUUUAUGCAUGGCAAUGUCUCUCCUCAAACUUUAUCGAAACAUAAAGGGUGGCACAAGAAACCAACAGGGUACGACCCUUGUCAGUCAGAAUAUACUGAUUCAUAUAUGAACAAACCAGCUGUUCAAGCCGCACUACAUGCUAAUACCACAAAAAUCCCCUACCCGUGGUCGCAUUGUAGCAAUGCUAUUACAUUUUGGCAUGAUGCUCCUGCAUCCAUGCUUCCGACCAUCAAAAAACUUGUGAAUGGGGGUCUUCGUGUUUGGGUUUACAGUGGAGACCAAGAUGGAAGAAUUCCGGUGACAUCUACAAGACUCUCUUUGAGAAAACUUGGCUUGAAAACAAUUCAAGAAUGGUCUCCAUGGUAUACUAAUAAUCAGGUUGGUGGAUGGACGAUUGCAUAUGAUGGAUUGAUGUUUGUAACGAUUAGAGGAGCAGGACAUCAAGUACCUACUUUUAAACCCAAGGAAUCCCUUCAACUCAUUAACCACUUUUUAUCCAAUCAAAAUUUGUCAAGUGUACCUUUUUAAAGUUUAUGGGAGCAAUGAUUAUGAUUAUUGUGAGAUCAA